AUGCUAAUCAUUCGACAAUUUGUGCCCAAUUACGGAAUUGAUGAUCGUUUUUUUCCGAGAAAUUUGCUUGAAAACCCGAGAAAAUUGAACGAAUAUCGCGCGAAUUUGGCACAAUCGAUUAUAAAAUCGCAUAAAAAACCCGAGAAUUUGGUAACAAAUCAUCUCGAAAUUCGAGUGGUGGCGUCGAAUCGCGGCGAAUUCUAUCUAUUGCAGACCAUUGGUUUUAUUCUUGAGCAACAGCCAAUUGGAGCAUUCAAUUUGAGCAUUUGCAAUGUCGAAAUCGACAUUUUCGAUGAUUUGGCGCAAUUUGAGCAAAUUUCCAUUCCAAUUCUGUCAAUAAAUAAUGGGACCAAAAAAGCGCUAAUUCUCGAUGAAACGAUUCGAAAAGAAACUAUCGAUUAUUGGCAUUGCUUGGCGCAAAAAUCGAGAUCAAGGUAUAUUUUAUUAAUUGAAGACGACUCAAUUAUAAUUGGCCAGUUUACUGAGUUAAUUAACUCACUAAUUAGGCAUCUUGAUUAUGCUGAUCAUAUAGAUUAUGUGAAAUUAUAUCAUCCGAUAAAGCUGCGAAAAUUACCUUCAUAUUUUUUGUUUCCUUGCCAAUUACGGUAUUACAUUACGGGUUCCGCAUAUAUUUCAUAUCCCGAAUCUUGCUGCACGCCUGCUGUGAUAUUCAGAACAUCUCAAAUCCCGAAAAUGAUCGAACAUUUCAAUAAACAACCGUCUUAUGCGGGACACGCAAAAGACCACAUACUCGAUGACUCGCCGUUUAUUGGAAGGCAAUCCGACCUCAACUAUGUGAUUCACAUCGGCUCAUUCAGCUCAAUUCGACGUCGAACUGUCCAAUUAUCAGAUUUAAGAGAUUUUGGAAUUGCUUAA